UAUCACUGAUAUUAUUUAAUAUAUAUCAUAUUAUAUUAUAUAAUAAUAAUACCAUCAUUCAUUAACCAUUUAAUAGAUGACAUAUACACGCAAGUACAACACCUCCGGCGACUUGACUUGGCGAGUUGGCGUUACUUAGAGCAACCAUAUUAUGGCGGCAGCUACUCUUGCUGGGAGUUUCACGCCUCACGAUCGCCGUAUUCUCACGGCUGUCAACACUGGAGCAUCCACUUUGUCUUUUGUCGGCUCAAGUUUCAUUGUCCUUUGCUACUGUUUCUUCAAAGAGCUUCGCAAGUUUUCGUUCAAACUCGUCUUCUACCUCGCUCUCUCUGACAUGCUUUGCAGUUUCUUCGGCAUAGUAGGGGAUCCGUCCAAAGGAUUCUUUUGUUCUGCUCAGGGAUAUAGCACACAUUUCUUUUGUGUGGCAUCUUUCCUGUGGACUACUGUCAUUGCCUUUACUCUUCAUCGUACUGUCGUUAGACACAAAACCGAUGUUGAAGAUUUAGAAGCCAUGUUUCACUUGUAUGUUUGGGGAACUUCACUGGUUAUGACUGUCAUACGCUCUUUUGGUAAUGACCAUAGACAUUUAGGUGUAUUGUGCUGGACACAAACCGGGCGAACUGGAAAGGCAGUUCACUUUAUAACUUUUUAUGCGCCGCUUUGGAGUGCAAUUCUGUACAAUGGUUUUACAUAUUUUCAAGUGAUACGCAUGUUGAACAACGUAACACGUAUGGCGGUGGGCAUGUCAGACCGAGCAUAUCAAUUUGAUAUGAAGGCUUUGAACAGAUGGGGAUAUUAUCCACUCAUUUUAAUAGGAUCAUGGGCAUUUGGCACAAUCAACCGGAUUCAUGAUUUCAUUGAACCAGGCCACAAAAUAUUUUGGCUCACAUUUCUUGAUGUUGGGACAGCUGCACUUAUGGGUCUGUUUAACUCAAUAGCAUAUGGGCUUAAUGCUUCGGUGCGGCGGGCAAUAUGUGAAAGACUGGAUUUGUUCUGGCCUGACAGAUUUCGAAGAUGGUUACCUAAUAGUUCGAGGCUUAUAAAUCCACAAGAAGAAAAUGAACUGGUCUCUUUGAAGAUUCAAGAUCAGCAAUAGCAGUUUGGGUGUUGAAUGUGCUUCCUUUGGCAAGAGCUGCAUUUUCUUAUCAGUUCUUUUGAAAAAUUUCGAAUGGGAGAUGAUGACAUUGAGAAACAAAAGUGAUACAACACCUCACAUUCAUUCUGAGUCCAUAUAAUACAAUAUGAUUUUUUCAUGAUUGCAGAUGUGAUUCAUGUGAAGUUUUUCGGCUUUCAUUUGUUGAAACUGGUUUGACGGGUAGAUGAUGAUCCAUUUUCAAGUGGGCACUUGAGGCUAAACAAGGUGGAGAAGCCUGCUGCAAGACCACCAACAACAUUGAGGUUGUAUAUUUCUCUUGUAGAAAAGAUUGUAUUGCUCCUAGAGACCCAUUUGCUAUGUAAACAAGGAUUUGUCACCUUAUAUCUCCAACUUAUCUCUUUUUGUAUAUUGAUAUCAUGAAGAUCGGAUUCCCAAUUUUCUUCUGGAAAUGUAUUUGUUGUUGUUGUUUUCA